AUGAUCUCAGAGCUCUCAAGAUCUGAAAAUUCACCUGACAAAUCAGUCAAGAUGUCCACGAUUUCAAAGCACUUUGGACUGAAAUACAAAGAAGAAUCGUACAUCUUUAAAGAGCUGGAGAAGGUUCGCAAGGAGACCAAAAAGGAAUUUCUCCGAAUCAAGGAGAAGUUGGCCGCCAAGCCAGCAGUGGAUGAAAUCCCCGUCUUCGGCCUCCGGCUCCCCAGCCCGGCCCGGUAUGCGGCGAAGGGAAGCGCUUCCCGCGUCGGAUCCCCCAAACCAGCAGGCUCCCCUCGGGUUAAAGGUCGUGCGCGCCCAACUGCGACCCUCCCGCAGCCGGCGCCCCGAGGCGCCCCGCGGCCCCCGGGCCCGAGGGAGGUGGCCGCUCCCGGGAAGGGCCGGCCCUUCCGCCCCCAGGACUUCUACUUGCGGAGCUCCGCGUUCCUCCGGCGCCGGCCCCAGAAACCGCCAGUCAUCGCGCCCAGGGCCGGCACGUCCAGACCCGUGGUCCUGAUGCCGCCGCGCGUGCCCACGGGCAAGGCCAGGGCUCACCGGGGCUCCAGGACCCCGCCGCCGGCGGACUCCAAGCCCGUGCUCGACCCGGCCCGGGGGCGCGUGGCCAGCCUGGAGCCGGCUCAGCUCGCCGAGGUCGGCCAGGCCAGAGAGAGGCUGCCCGACUCCCUUUCCAGCGACGAGGGAGACGCGGAGGCGGCCGGCCGGCGGAAGAGAGUGAGGAUUAACACCCGCUUCCUGCUCGAGGACUCGGAUGGCGAGUCGCGGGAAGCCCCCGGGUCCUCUUCCAAAACCGACCGCGAGAGCACCCCGCCGAGCGACUCCCGGGAGGUCAACCCGCAGGCCCCGCAGCCAGUGCGUGCGAUCCCCAAGUCCAUCGAGGAGAUCAUCGCCUCGCUGCAGUCCGAGGCCCAGUUGGCCUCCGACCAGACCAUCAAAGAGCUCAUCCACAGCGUCCUUGGGCAGAACUACGACAUUAAAAUGGAAGAUAUUUCUUUAAUGGGAAAAAGGUACUGGCAGCAAUCACCUCAAAUGCAAGCAGAGCAAGGACCACAGAUAAGUAUUAAGGAAACUCAAAUGAAUGUGCUUGAGACGCUUCCUGAAACUGUAUCAAGUAUUUUCCAGAUUGAACAAGAGGAUGUAUUGGAAUGGGGAACCUCAGAAGCAGAAAGCAUAUUAUUUAAACCUCAGGAAACUUCGGAAGUUCAGUCAGCAAGUGAAUCAAGUAAACCUCUGGAAGGCGCACAGCCCAUAGGUGAUUCAAAAAUAACCAAGCGGGUAUCUUUAAAGGUGAAUUCAUCAGAAUUGUUGCAAAUCAAAGGAAAAGAAGUUAAGCGAAGGCGAAAAAGUAAAUUUGGAGUUACACCACAGAGACCAAAAAAGAUUUCAAAACCCAAGUGUGGUCAAAAACUACCUAAAAAAAAAAUUCCAGACUACUCCACUUGGACCCUUCACAACCUGUGCACCACCAUCCCAGCCAAAGAGCUGCCCGUUGACUUGCGCGUGGCCUCUCGAGUGUAUCAUACAGCCGACAAGAAAGGUCACAAUACUGUGCUUGGAGUAUUCGGAACCUCUUUGUUAGAUGAUCGCUAUACAGACGAAGAGCAAAGAGAUAGAAUACUGCACGGAGCUCCUGUUAUGGAUGUCAGUCAAGAAUAUGCUGCUGUCGUUCCAUCAAAACCAGGGAUACUGCCUGAACUGAUACCAGGAACUGGCCAGAGUGCUCACAAACCACAGUUGCAACUCUUCGGAGAGGAAGUGUCUGCUUAUCCAGGAGUUACAAAGUUGUUUUGGAAUCUAACUUCACCCAAAUUCUCUGUUCCAGUAUCUGUCAUGAAGGAAACCGUCUAUCCAAAAUAUGAGAGUGCACAAACAAGCAGAAUUUUAAUUGAGAAAUUUACAUCUGAAAGCAAGGAAAGUAUCAUUACUUUAAAUCAGCAUAGGAGAAGUUCCAGGCAUUUUUUCCUGAGAAAAGCUGCAUCAUUUGAAAAUAUCCAAAAACAUUUCAGCACACAGUCUACUCAAUUAAAGAGAGUAAAAUCUGCAGUUGAGUUGAAUAAGGACGAGACCAUAGUUCUAUCAGAAUUUCAGGAUGACAUGCAAAGCAAUAUAAAAGAGGUGAAGCUUCAAAAAGCAAAGGAGUUGGAGCGUUGGAUGACUGAGAAAAACGAAGCUAAGGAAUCUGUCUCUGAGAAAGAAAGUAUAGAUACUAUCUUAGACUACAUGCACGGCAGAUAUGGUUCAAGAGACCUGUCUUUCACUCUUAUUGAAGCAUCUCGACAAGCUGGCAUUAGUUACAUUGUUUAUCCCAAGAAAAAGAAGAUGAGACGGAGGAAAGGACUGAGACUCAGUAAACUUACACUUGUGUAUGAUGAGUUAUCCAAGCCUCCAAAAACUCUUAAAAGAUCACUGUCCCACGGAGUCCUUCCUGGACAGAAGAAAUAUUUGCUCAGGAUUCCACAAUAUGAACGUGUACUUCGGUGUCCCAGUGUACCUUUGGAUUUAAAUUUUGACAAAAGUGCCCAAAUUAAAAGAAUUCUAGAACAUAAUGAUCCUCAAACAUGGGCUCCUGAGAUGGUGUCUCAGUUUAAGCAAAAGAAGACAACCCCGAGAGUUAAAAUAUCUGUUGACAAAGACUCAUUUGAAACAGUGAAACAAUCAGCAAAGCUGGACUUGAGUGAUUCUUUGACCUGUGGUCUUCCUCCAGCAGUCAUUAAACAUUAUGAGUCCGAAGUGGAGAUCUUGACUGAAGAAAUAAAUAGUAAGAAGAAAUAUCCUGCAUUUUUAUACUGUAGGCGUGGAGCUCUUAAUAGGAAACUGGGAAAGUUACAGAGUGCCAUGAAUGAUCUACAGGAAGCUAUAUUCUUGGAGCCAUUGUUCCUCAAUGCCUAUUGGCACCGACAUUUCAUUUAUCUUUUCCAAGACAAAAUUAAUGAAGCUUUGGAUGACUUGAAUUUUAUAAAUAAAUACAAUAAAAAUAAUGCAGAUGCAUAUUUUUCAAGAGCAGAAAUUUUCAGAGAAAAAAAUGAAAUUACGUUGGCAAUUCUAAAUUAUACUCAGGCAAUCAAGUGCAGGCCCACGGAAGCUGAUUUGUACUUCCGGAGGGGUGAGAUGUAUGAGACAGAAAACAAAAUGCUGGCCAUUGAUGACUUUUCUAAAUGUAUCUUUUAUGAUCCCAAAAGAACAGACGCAUUAUUUAAACGUGGGAUGUUCUACUAUGAAAAUGAAAACUGGAUUGCAGCUGAACAAGAUUUUACAGCCUUGUUAAAAAUAGAUCCCCAAAAUUCUCAAGCAAGGAUGUACCGAGGGAGAGCAUAUUUUAAACGAAACUUCUAUAAGCAAGCAGUUCAAGAUCUUUCUAUUGCAGUUCACUUAGAUCCUAAUAACUGGUUAGCAUUGUAUUAUAGAGCCUGCUUAUUUAGGAAGAGUAACCCUCUUAGAGCGCUACAGGAUUAUAGUGUUUCAGCUCUCAUAAAUGAUGGCUAUGAGAAUCUUAGUUGUUUCCUACAUCGGGGCAUACUCUAUGCGGAUCUGAAACUUUGGUUGCUAGCAAUUUGUGACUUUGAAGCCGUUAUUUCUCUAGAAAGAACAAUGACUUUGGCCUAUAUAAAUAUUGGCCUCAUAAAUCUGCUGCAUCUGGAUAACUACAUUGAAGCCACUUCCUAUUUUUCUGAGGCUAUUAGAUAUGACCCUAUGUAUAUUCAAAGCUAUAUUUGUCGAGCAGAAGCCUAUAAUAAGUUGCACAAACUGAAAAAGUCAGUAAGAGAGUUAUCUUAUGCUAUCCACCUUCAGCCAGAUGGAAUCCAAUUAUAUAUAAUAAGAGGACAGUAUCUUCUUAAAAUGAGAUGCUAUGAUCUUGCAAAGUUCACUAUUUACCAAGUAGCAGAAAUGAACAAAGGUCUCAUUGAGUUGAGUCCUAUACAGCAAGCACUCAUUUAUUCAUUUUGUGAGAACCAUGACAAGGCCAUUCAGGUCUUGGAUGGGAUCACGUUGAAUAAGCCUGAUAUCCCCAUGUGUACUCUGUUAGCAAAAGCGCAAAUGAAGGCCAAGAGAAACAAGGCUUAUGAUUCUUUUACAAAAGCUGUGAAAGCAAAUCCUGAUUUUGCAGAAAGCUUUUAUCACCGCGGUCUUUGUAAAGUCAAACUCCAUAAGAAUGGCUCGAUCCUGGAUUUCAAUCGUGCGAUUACCCUUGAUCCUAAACAUUACCAGGCAUAUUUAAGUCGAGUAGCCUACUAUGGUUUGAAAGGCAGAUACUCCAAAGCAAUCUUGAGUUGUAAUGAGGCCAUCAAAAUUUACCCUCAGAGUGUGCGUGCCUAUGUCUACAGAGGAGUUCUGAAAUACUACAGCAGGACUUAUAAGCUAGCGAUUACAGAUUUAACUACAGCUAUCAACAUGGAUAAAAACAGUUAUAUAGCAUUUUAUAACAGAGCAUUAUGUUACACCAAGAUAAAUGAACUUCAAAUGGCAUUAACAGAUUAUGGAAUUGUGCUUCUUCUUAAUGCUGGAGAAACUGUGACAUUGAACACCUACAUUAAUCGUGGACUCAUCUAUGCAGAAUUAGAACAGUUCAUUUUCGCAUUAGAGGAUUUUAAACAAGCUGCAUUGAUAAGCAAGACUAAUGUGAGCCUAUGUCAAGCUACUGCUAUGUGCUAUCACAGGAAUAAAGAAUUUGAAGAAGCUGUCAACUUCUUCACCUGGGCUGUUAAAAUUGAUCCACGUUUUCUGGAUGCUUACAUUGGACGGGGAAAUUCUUACAUGGAAUAUGGACAUGAUGAGGCCACCAAGCAAGCACAGAAGGACUUUCUGAAAGCACUGCAUUUUAAUCCAGCCUAUACAAAAGCCAGAAUUUGUUUAGGCUAUAAUUUGCAGGCCCAAGGAAAAUUCCAGAAAGCUUGGAACCACUUUACCAUUGCUAUGGAAGUUGAUCCAAAGAGCUACCUAGCCUAUGAAGGAAGAGCUGUAGUCUGUCUUCAGAUGGGUGAUAAUUUUGCUGCAUUUCAGGAUAUAAAUGCUGCCAUAAAGAUCAAUGGUACAGCAGAAUUCUUAACAAAUCGUGGUGUGAUUCAUGAGUUUAUGGGUCAACAACAGAACGCAAUGAGAGACUAUCAAGAAGCAAUUUCUUUAAACCCCACCUACUCGCUGGCUUACUUUAAUGCAGGAAAUAUCUACUUUCAUCACAGGCAAUUUUCCCAGGCUAGUGACUACUUCUCAAAGGCUUUAAAGUUUGAUCCAGAAAAUGAAUGUGCUACCAUGAAUCGAGCUAUUGCAAAUACAGUAUUAAAGCGAUAUGAAGAAGCAAAAGAAGAUUUUGCAUAUGUAGCUGAAAGCUGUCCAUUGUGGGCUGCAGUAUAUUUUAACAGAGCGUACUUCUACUGUUGUUUAAAGCAAUAUGAACUGGCUGAAGAAGACCUAACUAAAGCUUUGUCUUUGCAACCUAAUGAUGCUCUAAUAUAUAAUCUUAGAGCAGAAGUUCGUGGUAAGAUAGGUCUGAUUGAAGAAGCUAUGGCUGACUAUAACAAAGCACUUGAUCUUCAAGAACAUGCCUUGGUGGUAUGACUACAUAGACCACAGAUUCUGUAGCAAUUUACACAGUUGUUCUUCCAGAAAUUGAAACCUGUUUGUUGCUUUUAAAAAAGUUUUCACUAUCUUCAUUAUAGUAUUCUUUGUGUUAGUCUUUUAUAUAAUCCUUUGAUACAUUUAACAUCUUCUUUAUAUAUUAAUUAUAAAACUUUUAGAUCAUUUUCUGCAGAUUUGUAACAACCCAAAAAUGAAUUUUUUUCACAAGAUUAGAAUUUAAAUGAGAAUGUUUCUCAAGGGCCCUAGUAACACAAAAUAUUUUCUUUAAAGUAAAAUAGUUCCUUUAAAAAUAAUACUGCAUGAUUUUAGGAAAAGGAUCAUUGACCUUUUCAUCACUACCUACAUAUUCAACAAUAUCCAGAUUAAAAAAAAUAGAGAGCUGAUGACUAUAAAGAAAUUAAAGUCAAGCACAUUUCCUUUCUCCUCCUUUGAACAAUAUCUGCACAGGUCUGAAUUCUUCCUAGUAUGUAUGUUGUUCCAACACAUAAACAUGUUUCUCUUUUUCAUGUAGCCUCCCUCUCAGGAUGGCGCCUAUGAAGAUUUUGAGCAUCCGCCUCUUUAAUGCAAAUUUUAUA